AUGUAUAGAUAUCAAAUUGUCCAUCAAUUGCAUCCAACUAUGAUCGUUGAUGUAGAACCAAUUAAAUUAGAUAAACUUUAGAACAUAGCAAAUUGUGACAUGUCAUACGAUUCAACUAUGCAUUAACAAUGA